AUGGGAACCGACAAUGGAGAAGCUCUUCCUGAGUCCAUCCCAUCAGCUCCAGGGACACUGCCACACUUCAUAGAGGAGCCAGAUGAUGCUUACAUCAUCAAGAGUAACCCUAUUGCCCUCAGGUGCAAAGCAAGACCAGCCAUGCAGAUCUUCUUCAAAUGCAAUGGUGAAUGGGUCCAUCAGAAUGAGCAUGUCUCUGAGGAGAGUCUGGAUGAGAGUUCAGGCUUGAAGGUCCGGGAGGUGUUUAUCAAUGUCACCAGGCAGCAGGUAGAGGACUUCCAUGGGCCAGAGGACUAUUGGUGCCAAUGUGUGGCAUGGAGCCACCUGGGAACCUCUAAGAGCAGGAAGGCCUCUGUGCGCAUAGCCUAUUUACGGAAGAACUUUGAGCAAGAUCCACAAGGCAGGGAGGUUCCCAUUGAAGGCAUGAUUGUGCUGCACUGCCGCCCACCUGAGGGAGUCCCUGCAGCCGAGGUGGAAUGGCUGAAAAAUGAGGAGCCCAUUGACUCUGAGCAAGAUGAGAACAUUGACACCAGGGCUGACCAUAACCUGAUCAUCAGGCAGGCUCGGCUUUCGGACUCAGGGAAUUACACCUGCAUGGCAGCCAACAUAGUGGCAAAGAGGAGAAGCCUGUCAGCCACCGUGGUGGUCUAUGUGAAUGGAGGCUGGUCUUCCUGGACAGAGUGGUCAGCCUGCAAUGUUCGUUGUGGUAGAGGAUGGCAGAAACGUUCCCGGACCUGCACCAACCCAGCUCCUCUCAAUGGUGGGGCCUUUUGUGAGGGAAUGUCAGUGCAGAAAAUAACCUGCACUUCUCUUUGUCCUGUGGAUGGGAGCUGGGAAGUGUGGAGUGAAUGGUCAGUCUGCAGCCCAGAGUGUGAGCAUCUUCGGAUCCGGGAGUGCACAGCUCCACCUCCAAGAAAUGGGGGCAAAUUCUGUGAAGGUCUCAGUCAGGAAUCUGAAAACUGCACCGAUGGUCUCUGCAUUCUAGAUAAAAAACCUCUUCAUGAAAUAAAACCCCAAAGAUGGAGUAGGAGAGGCAUUGAGAAUGCCAGUGACAUUGCUUUGUACUCCGGCUUGGGCGCUGCAGUCGUGGCUGUUGCAGUCCUGGUCAUUGGUGUCACCAUCUAUAGACGGAGCCAGAGUGACUAUGGCGUGGACGUCAUUGACUCUUCUGCAUUGACAGGUGGCUUCCAGACCUUCAACUUCAAAACAGUCCGUCAAGGUAACUCCCUGCUCCUGAAUUCUGCCAUGCAACCAGACCUGACAGUGAGCCGUACAUACAGUGGUCCCAUCUGUCCAGACCCUCUGGACAAGGAACUCAUGACAGAGUCCUCGCUCUUUAACCCUUUAUCUGACAUCAAAGUCAAAGUUCAGAGCUCAUUCAUGGUUUCCCUGGGAGUGUCUGAGAGAGCAGAGUACCAUGGCAAGAAUCACUCUGGGACUUUUCCCCAUGGAAACAACCGAGGCUUUAGUACAAUGCAUCCCAGAAACAAAACACCCUUUAUCCAAAACCUGUCAUCACUCCCCACAAGGACGGAACUGAGGACAACUGGUGUCUUUGGCCAUUUAGGGGGACGCUUAGUAAUGCCAAAUACAGGGGUAAGUUUACUCAUACCUCAUGGCGCCAUCUCUGAGGAGAAUUCUUGGGAGAUUUAUAUGUCCAUCAACCAAGGUGAACCCAGCUUGCAGUCAGAUGGGUCUGAGGUGCUCCUGAGCCCUGAAGUUACCUGUGGUCCUCCUGAUAUGAUUGUCACCACUCCCUUUGCACUAACUAUUCCACACUGUGCAGAUGUCAGCUCAGAGCACUGGAACAUCCACUUAAAGAAGAGAACACAGCAAGGCAAAUGGGAGGAAGUGAUGUCAGUGGAAGAUGAGUCCACAUCCUGUUACUGCCUAUUGGACCCCUUUGCAUGUCACGUACUGCUUGAUAGCUUUGGGACAUAUGCCCUCACUGGAGAGCCAAUCACAGACUGUGCCGUGAAGCAGCUCAAGGUGGCUGUCUUUGGCUGCAUGUCCUGUAACUCCCUGGAUUACAACUUGAGAGUUUACUGUGUGGAUAACACCCCUUGCGCAUUUCAGGAAGUGGUUUCAGAUGAAAGACAUCAAGGUGGACAGCUACUGGAAGAACCAAAGUUGCUGCAUUUCAAAGGGAAUACCUUCAGUCUUCAGAUCUCUGUCCUUGAUAUCCCUCCAUUCCUCUGGAGAAUUAAACCAUUCACUGCCUGCCAGGAAGUCCCAUUCUCCCGUGUGUGGAGCAGCAACCGGCAGCCCCUGCACUGUGCCUUCUCCCUGGAGCGCUACACGCCCACCACUACCCAGCUGUCUUGCAAAAUCUGCAUCCGGCAGCUCAAAGGCCAUGAACAGAUCCUCCAAGUGCAGACAUCCAUUCUGGAGAGUGGAACGCGAAAACCCAUCCACUUUUCUUCGCAGCAAGAGGACAGCGCCUUCACUGCACAGACUGGCCCCACCUUCAAAAUCCCUUACUCCAAUCAGACACGGAUUUGUGCUACCUUCGAUACCCCCAAUGCCAAAAGGCAAAGAAACUGGCAGAUGUUAGCACAGAAAAACAGCAGCAACAGGAAUUUAUCUUAUUUUGCUACACAAAGUAGCCCAUCUGCUGUCAUUUUGAACCUGUGGGAAGCUCGACAUCAGCACGAUGGUGACCUUGACUCUCUAGCCUGUGCCCUUGAAGAGAUUGGGAGGACACAUACAAAACUCUCAAACAUUACGGAAUCCCAGCUUGAUGAAGCUGACUUCAACUACAGCAGGCAGAAUGGACUCUAG